GUUAGAAACACUUCCUUUCAGGUUUCUGUUUCUUUGAAAUAAAACAAAAAUGAAGAGCCUUUGCAACGUGCUAUUCACCUUCUGCACUGCUCUGAGUACUCUGUCCAGUGCUGCAGGUUUGAUCCGUGCGUUUGGAUAUGAGGGAGGAAAUGUGAAUGUUUCCUGCCACUAUGGUGAGGGCUAUGAGGGCUAUGAGAAGUACCUAUGCAAGAACGACUGCAGCGACAGUGAUGUUCUAAUUACGACAGGACAAACAACGAAAGGCAGAUAUUCCAUCUAUGAUGACAAAAAGGCACUUAAGUCCACUGUGACCAUCUCUGAUCUUCGUGCUUUGGAUUCUGGGAAAUACUGGUGCGGGGUGACCAGGACUGGAAAAGAUAUCUACAAUGAAGUCAGGCUGGAGAUAAGACAAGACAGCUGCUGUGACCAUGUGACCGAAAAAGAAAGUCAUGACGGAGGUUCGGUGUCCAUCAGUUGUCCGUAUGAGUCUGAGAACCAGAACAACCUGAAAUACGUCUGCAGAGGGACGCAACCAUCCACAUGUCUGCAGCAGGCCCUGAUCACCUCUGACAACAAACACAGACCAGAAAAUUCACAGUGGACAUCAGCAGUCUGACCCAAAAUGAUUCUGGGCCGUUUCUUUGUGGCGUCCGUAGAAACAGUGGAUUCGAUGUUUUCUCUGCUGUUAAGUUGGAAGUAAAAGAGUGGUGCUGUGUGAAGUCCAACAACAUGAGUGGUAUGGUGGGACAUGCAGUGACUUUGCAGUGUCCUUACCUGCCCAAACACAAGGAUAACAGGAAGUUUCUCUGUAAGGGAGAUCACCACAAAAACUGCAUAGACAUGGUGACCAGUAAGAGCAGGUUCUCGAUGCAGGAUGACGUUUCUUCCAGCUUGUUUCUGGUGACGAUCUCAGCGCUGGAAGCAGGUGAUGCUGGGACAUACUGGUGUGUUUCAGACUCACAGUGGAGCAUUGGAGACCACACCAAGUUUCAGCUGUCAGUAGUCUUUCUACAGCCAACCACCUCUGCCAUCACUGUGGAAACUGUGGAAACAAAUUCAACACAUCCAUCUGCCAAACAUGUUAAAGACGCGGUACUCUUUGUGGUUUUCACAAUGUUUGCUGUGACGCUCAUAGUGAUAUUUGCCCUGGUUAUUGCCUAUAAAUACAAAUGUCACAAAGUGCGAGGUGCUGAGGUCACCACCUACAGAAACAAACCCAGUUCUUCAGAGGAAGCAACAGUUGGUGUAGAUAUUUAUGAAAAUCAAGAAGUUGUUCAGAACUCAAAGCCAAUGAAAUCCAGACAGCAGAGUGCCUGUCUGCAGUAUGACGACGUAGGUGAAGACCAACCAGACUAUGAAAACAUCACAGAAGACAUCUACUGUAACCAAAGUUUCCAUCGAGCCUAUAACAGAUGAACUGUUUGUACUGUUUUUAGCAUGAACAACAGCACAACACAGAUUCAUGUACCACUGCAAUCUGACAAUUACAUCCUCUAACUGAAGACUUUGUUGGUCUUUGUGACCCAGAUUUGUUUUAUUAUUAACUGAAGAUAUAAUUGAAUAUGUACAUAUUCAUGGUUUUAACUCUUUAAACUUUUGCCUUUGCAUUAAUCUUCUUCAGUCUGUACUCCUUGUAUCCAAUUGUGGAUAUUAUGUAAAAUUUCAACCAUACAACUUAAAUGUUAAUUACCUAUUUGUAUAUAAUAAAAGUAAAUAAGUAAAGAGAUGAUAAUAAACCCACUCA